AGAUAUAACGUCGCACCUCGGUCUCAAGCUCCUGUUAUUCGUCGCGCAGGAGUUGCUCAAAAUGCUGCGGCGGGCCCCUCCAGCUCGACGCCUUCCAGGCCUGAAUAUAGCUCUGAGUCUCUGGUCCUGCACACGAUGAAAUGGGGGUUGGUGCCACAUUGGAGCAAAACUGAGCCUCCCCAGUUAAACACAAUCAAUGCGCGGUCUGAAAAUUUGAUGGAUGGGGGGAGUAUGUGGGAUUCGAUCAAGGGGAAGAAACGAUGUGUGGUUGUGGCCCAAGGGUACUACGAAUGGCUGAAGAAGGGAAAGGAGCGGCUUCCUCAUUUUACUCGUCCGAAAGACAAGCGUUUGAUGCUCCUCGCCGGUCUUUACGACUGCGCCACCCUUGAAGGCCAAUCUGAGCCCUUGUGGACUUUCACUAUCGUCACUACCGCAGCCAACAAAGAGUUUGAGUGGCUUCACGACCGCCAGCCGGUGAUAUUGUCCUCGGAUGUUGCUGUGCGGACCUGGCUGGAUACUUCGGCUCAAAGCUGGUCGUCGGAACUUAGCGCUCUGUUGAAUCCAUAUAACGACCCUGAUUGUCCUCUCGAAUGUUAUGCCGUACCCAAAGAAGUCGGCAAAGUCGGCACCGAAUCGCCGUCGUUCAUCGAACCUGUGGCAAAACGCAAAGACGGCAUCGAGGCCAUGUUUUCGAAACAAACUGCAACAGGAGCGCCCUCCAAGUCACCACAUGAUGUCAAGCCCUCAGUUGUUUCUCCAGCGAAGAACAAACGCAAACAUGAGACCGAGUCGGGCUCACCCCAGAAGAAGACGAAGGUAUCUCAUGCGCACGCGGACGCGACAGGAGCGUCAACAUAUGGCUUGAAAGAGGAGGAUCGAGACAGUGACAUUGAAAUUAUCUCGCCACCACAUAAUUCACAAGUGAAUACAUGCUCCUUGCGCUCCGACUCUGGGACUGAUCCCCUCUUCAGACCUCAAGCAAAAGCUCACGCCCGGCUGCAAUAG